GUUUGUUUUUAGUAGACCAUCUUCGGCGGUUUGGAGCUUUUACUGCUUUUCUAGCUUUGCCUCGCUUUUAGCAGUCGUCCGUCACUCUGGGCUCUUUGCACCUCGAGGCACCACGUCCGUUCUUUCUGGUUCUAUAGUUAAGUUAUAAAAGAGUUUUGUUUUUAAUUCUGACUGACAGUGCUUGUAAUAAUUAAGAGAAUCCAACAUGGUUUUGGUACUGAAUGGAGUACUACAAGAAGACUGUCCUCCUGACAGUCGCGCCUUGUACUUGAAUCACCCAGUAUAUCGCGAGACUGCCGCUCAAUUACUGUCAGUACCCAAUAAAGUCAUAGGCCCUGUCGGAUUGCUUUAUGUGUUACAGAGAGAGCUGGCUGCUACUGUACCUCACGACAAAAAUGUCAAUAUCUUGGGAUCAGAUGAUGUCACAACUUGCCUAAUUGUAGUAGUUAGACACUCUGGAUCUGGUGCAGUUGCUCUAGCUCACCUCGACGGAUCCGGUGUUGACGAAGCUGUCUGCACAAUGAUCCAAAGGGUGCAAGAAUUAGCCCUAGGUUAUCCUGAAGGACGCAUCGAGCUGCAACUAGUUGGAGGUUUUACGGAUGCGCAUAGCUAUUCGGAAGAUAUAUUUUUCUCGAUUAUGAGUGUUUUCCACAAACAUCCAGUAGAAAUUGAUCUUACAUUGGCCUGCUUGGGAGAAUUAAACACAACACUCAGAGGAGGCAUACCAUGGCCCGUAGUUUACGGUAUCGGCAUCAACAUUAAAACCGGAGAAAUAUUUCCAGCUACUUUUCCAGAUAAAGGUCCAGAACAAGCGCUGAGAAUGGCACGGCAUUUAACUGGAAUUCCUCAAGUUUUAGAUAUAUACGAUUGUAGUCUAGGCCUUCUGAGGAUUGGGCCUUUCAAUUAUGAGCCACUACGAGGCGUUGAUUUGUGGCUGGAACAGACUGACGAUUUUAUCUUGCAACAAUUGUCGACUUCGCCUGAAGUUCAACCACCACAUUUUGUUAUGCAGAUAAGAGCUACUUUAAAGUACAUCCAAGACAACCAAUUUCCAGCAAUAACUGUGUUCCGAGACAACCGACCGCACUAUUUCAGAAGAGAUGAACAUACAGGCCUUUGGAGUCCUGUUAGGUAUAAUAAUAUGAAUAUGACAUAUUAAACAAACAUGUUUAUAUCAAAUUAAUAAAGUUUAUUCGCUCACUUUUUUAUUAUUAUAACACUAUUAAUAAUUAAUAAAAAAUCAUUCUGGUAAUACCAAAUAAAUAUAUGUAGUUAUUACAUCUAUAAUGAAUUAUAACAAUAUUCAUGUCGGGCCUCAACUAUUAGGGAAUAUUUUCUACUUAACAUUUAUAAAAAUAUAAUGAGAAAAAAUCAAAUAUGUACAUAUAAAUUUCAAACAAAGUCUUGUAUCUUAAUACAAGAAGUUUAAUAAUUAUUAUUACUAUAUCAGGUGAGUCGUCUAAUCUCCACUAGAUCUAAAAGAAAGUUGAUAUUUUUUUAUAGUUGAGACAAAAAAAAUAUUUACUUACCUCAUUGUUAUUUAUUCUUGGACGAAUUUGAAUAUGAUAGAAAUCCUCUACAUCAGAUAAAGUGAAAUAUUCGUCGCUAUCUUCCUCCUCUGCGUCGUAUUCUUCAAUAUCUUCAACAACUAUACCAGAUUCUGUUGUAGAAUCAGUUGGGAUAGUCUCUAGUUCUUCUUUUUCUGCACUCUCUAUCAUUGCUUGUCUUUUACGUUGUUCGUCGCCUUCAGUUGUUGAGGUGUCAAUAAUUUCUUUAGAAACACUAAAAUAUAAUAAAAAUUGUAAUAAAAAAAAAUAUAUUAUUUUUACACAAAAUAUGAAAUUACCUACCCAUCAUUCUCAUUAUUAUUAUUAUUAUUAGUAAUCUUUCUCCUGUUUUUCCUGGGAGCUUUUCCAAAGAGAAACCUUGAUACUUUCCUAUCCAAUUUGGAUCCGAAUAUUUCAUUUCUAUAAACUUUGACGGCAUUGAUACGCAUGGAUUGCCAUACAUUUCUCAGUUCGUUUUGAUUACCAAAACAUCCCUUGGC